AGCUGGUAGGUGUUCUGUGGCUUCGCGGGCUUUACAAUGCGGUGUAAACGGGCGGUAAGCUUCUUAUGGCAGAGAUAUAGUGUAGCAGAGAUUUUAGGUUUCCUGAGAUUCUAGACGUGAGUGUGUGAUAGCAGUGCGAAGAGAGACCGUCUAAAAGCCGUUGCUUACUGGACAACUCAGCAUCAUGGCCAAAACAUCCAAAACUUCCGUCGACCUGUCCACCAAGUCUGUGCUGCUGGCGGCAACGGACCAAAACAUGAACCUCUACGAAAACCGCCUCGCUAGUUUCGAGAGUUGGCCACUGACCGGCGACUGCAUGUGCACGCCAGCGCGGAUGGCAGGAGCUGGUUUUUAUCACUGUCCUACGCGGAACGAGCCAGACCUCACACGUUGUUACGUGUGCUUUAAGGAAAUGGACGGCUGGGAACCGAGUGACGACCCAGCCAAAGAGCACGCGCGCUCUGUGGACUGCGCUUUGGUUCGCUUGGGCAAAAAAAGUGAAGACAUGACAGCGCUGGACGUUCUCGGCCUCGAGAAGGCCCGCGCAAAGAACCGAGCCUGCAAAUUUCUCGAGCUAGCCGCUGCCGAAAUGGGAGAGGCCAUGCGCAAAGUCAAAUACGAACUGGACAAGGUGCGGAGGAAGAAGCGUUGACGGCCUGCCUGUGUGCUACGAGGCGUUCGCUGCUGUGUGCUCUUCUGAACUGUGGGGAUUUCACGUUGUGUGCGCUUUAAACUGUGUGGAUAUGACCCAUAUUUUUAGCUCUCGGUGUAUAUUAACUUCGCCUAAGCUUGCGUUCAAACUGUGCGGAGCCAAUCGUAUCGAUCGGAUCUUUAAGUACCUGUGUGUAUGUCCACGUGCGUUUUUAUGUGUGGCACUAUAUUUAACGUGUGUGGGAAAAUUUAAUAAAUCGUUCUAAUUUUUCAAGCACUA